GUCGCGCAUUAAUUGUUGGCCGUUACUCUUCUUGGCUGGCAGGUCAGCCUGGCUGGCAGGCUGGACGCUUGAGCUCCCUCCUGCUGGACUGGAUGGUGGGCUUCCCGCUAGGCUGGAGGAAGGCUUCUGACCGGGCUGGAGGCAGGCUCCCGGGUAGGCUGGAAGGCAGGCUCCCGGGUAGGCUGGACCGCAGGCUUCCAGUUGGGCUGGACCGCAGGCUCCCAGCUGGGCUGGUGGUCGGCAGGCUCCUGGCUAGGCUGGAAGGUAGGCUCCCCACUGGGCUGGAAGGCAGGCUCCCGGGUAGGCUGGACCGCAGGCUCCCAGUUGGGCUGGACCGCAGGCUCCCAGCUGGGCUGGUGGUCGGCAGGCUCCUGGCUAGGCUGGAAGGCGGGCUCCCCACUGGGCUGGAAGGCAGGCUCCCCACUGGGCUGGUCGACAGGCUCUCUUGGGCUUCCGCUCCUUGAUUGCCCUGGUUGGUUGGGCUGACUCGAGCUCUGGGUUGCUGGGCUUGGGCCCGCUGGUCCAAGUUCGGGGCCUGGGCCGAUUAGGCUCUGGGCCUAGUCCCAUAACCCCAUCACGAGUCCCCCACUCCCUUAGUCGAGUAGUAGACUCGGCUAAGAGGGAGUAGUUUAAGUCAGCUGCCGAUUUAAAAAUAUUCACAUAUCAGGGAGCCAUAAUUGUGGAUUAUGGGAAUCCCAGAAUUUAUGGAAAUUCCCAAAUUAAAUCAGGCUCCCAAAAAAUGCUCCAAAUAAAUUCCUUUCUUUUCUUUUCUUUCCUUUUCUUUUCUUUCCUUUUUUU